AUGUACUUGCAGGUGCAGCUGUCGGUCCAAGAAAGGCUGCAGGACCCACGCAAUUUGGAAGCCCUCCCGCACUUGGAACAUGCAGUAAUGUGUGUCUCGGCAAUACUUCCGGACGUUGCAGAAGUAAUUAGCAUGUUGGACCAGACUGACUGUGGGAACCUCUAUCACCACUUCAGAAGUCUGGAAAAGAACGUUGUGGAACUUUUUCCCAAGAGCUGUGAUGCGAAGCUGGCUUGUGCCAGUUUUCGGUACAAGUAUGGUCUUUACUGCCUUUCCUAUGGGCUCAAGAAGUGUUGUCAGUCAUGGGACCAAGUCGAGGAUAUGUUCCGAACGUCAGCCGAAAUUUAUCAAGAGGUUUUGGGCGAGAGGCAUCCUCGCACCCUCAAAGCUCGACACCAAGCAGAACUUACUCAGAUUGAAAGACAGAAAGAUAUUGGUGCCCGCGCCGAGCUUGACAAGAUCAGAGAUCUCGUCUGCAAUCAAUCAAAUGCGUUUCCUGGUGCUCUCUGGGACGACAUAAUGUGGGGAGACCGGAUCAUGCUCAACAUCACCUAUCGUCAUUAUGAAAACUGGGUCAUCGCAGCAAGAGAAUUUGCCAUGGCUCUCAAAGAGUUGGGUCGACUUCACGGGCAUGACAGUGACCAGGAGCUCAGAAUUCUGCAACGAAUGGUUGUCUUCUACAGACUUUGGAUGCAGUCGGGAGAGAUCAAUGGGUGGACAAAUGUCCGGGACGCCUUUCGAGCCAUUGACACAUCAGACAUCCUCUCUAAGAACGACUCCUUCAAAGCACGCCGUGAUGCACCCUCGAUCAAGGUUCUUUGGCAAUUCAGCAAGAACGUUUACUGCAUCCAGCCAGGUAACACCGCUGUCAUUGACAUGCCGCGGGAACCUGUGUCUUCCGUCCUUCCGGAAUGGAAGCGGCUAGCUCAAGAUGUCUUCGAUCGUUACAAACACCGACACGGAGAAGAUCACCCUGAUACACUCCGCAGUUUGACGGAAUUGACGAUCGCUGAGAGUUAUCAAGCGUUCGGCGUUGCGGCAUCAAGGCCCUUUGAAAUGGCAGAAGAUUGCCACCGUCUGCAAGUUAAUAUCCUGGGUGAGAGCCAUCGCGACACGCCCGGGACAAAGCGCCUUGUUGGUGAAAUACUACACAAAGCUGGUCGUAGUGCGGAGGCGGUGCAGGUACUCAGAGAAUGCUACGACUCUUUGGUUCAUAACUUCAAGGAGACGUCAAAUCUCACGCUCGAAUGUGCGUUCUCGCUAGCGGAGACCUAUCUUUCGGUUGGGCGAUUUGGCCGGCCAAAAGACGCUGAUGAUUUGAAAGAACAGAUGAUCAAGGUUCGGGAAGUCGUGUUCAAGGCCAAAAACGAUUGGAAACCACAUGGGUUGUGUUUUGCCUUGGAGCUCUCUGCCAUUCUGCAAAGGAGACAAGGCCGCUUUGGGGAAGCUAUGGAAAUAUUGGAACGGAUAUUGGAGGUGUGCAGAUAUGCUGAUCCCUCUUAUCCCCCGCAGCAUGACAAGCCUUUCGAGUAUGAAGUCAAGAUCAGAUACUCGAUAGCAGUUUGCUAUUUUCAAGAUGGAAACUGGGAGGAGGAAGAGAAGCGGGGCCUCACGGUGCUCGAACAGAGAAGAAAGUGGGAGGUUGACAGAAUCUUCUAUGGAAAGAAUCACGUGGAUACUCUUCGAAGUUUGUUUUUGGUGGCGUUGGCUCGGUGGAAUUUGGGGUGGUGUGAUGAGGCCAGGAGUAUGAUGCGGGAGUGUUGGGUGGGAGCAAAAGGGAGAUUGGGGGUGGAGCACAAGUUGUCGAGGCAGGCACUGUCGCAGUUGGUGGAGUAUAUGAAGAGGGGUGUUGAGGAGGACGAAGAAGCUGGGGAGGAGUUGGGAGAAUAUACUCCUGAGACAGAGGAAGAAACACCGCCUAAGUAUGUGGAGUUUCCGUGUCGGAGACGGGAUUAUCACAGGAGAGGGAAUAAGAAGCCAUCACAGAGCAUCGCAUUUAUAGACAAAAUAACGGCAUCAAAAACGUGUUGA